UCCUCAUUCCGCUCUCCUCAUUUCUCUCUCCUCAUUCCUCUCUGCCGCCAUUUCGUCUCCUCCGCUCCUCGCUACCACCACGACGACGACGAUGUCGACCACCUACUACGACGGGCACGCGUCCAAGCGCCUGAGAACCGAUGCCGAAGGCAACGACAUCCAGGCGGGCGUGAUGGACACGUUUGAGGACCCACACAAGCCUCCACCGUCGGCUGUGGUUCACGUACGGGGACUCUCGGACGCAGCCCUCGAGUCCGACCUCGUGGAGGCCGUGCAGCACUUUGGCCCAAUCAGCUACGUGGUGAUGAUGCCCAAGAAGCGGCAGGCGCUGGUGGAGUUUGAAGACCUGGAGAGCUCCCGCAGCUGCGUCAACUACUCGUCCACGGGCUCCAUCUACGUGUGCGGGCAGCCAGCCUAUUUUAACUUCUCUACCAGCCAGAAGAUUUCGCGCCCUGGUGGCCCGGAGGAUAACCGCAACAGCAACCACAUCCUGCUCUUCACCAUCCUCAACCCCAUCUACCCCAUCACCACGGAUGUGCUUUACACCAUUUGCAACCCAUGUGGGCCUGUGCAGCGCAUUGUGAUCUUCAGGAAGAAUGGCCUGCAGGCCAUGGUGGAGUUUGAUUCGGUUCAAAGCGCCCAGAGAGCGAAGUCAUCUCUGAAUGGAGCUGACAUCUAUUCGGGCUGCUGUACUCUUAAAGUGGAGUAUGCAAAGCCAACCCGUCUGAAUGUGUUUAAAAAUGAUUCUGAGACCUGGGACUACACCAACCCUGGCCUCAAGCAAGCGGAAAAUGCAAUGAUGCCAGCGAAGCAAACGGCUCUCCUUGGCGACCAUCCCAAAGCAAACGCUUACGGUGGUGGUGGCGACUAUGGAGGCUACCAGCAGCCACCACCACCGGGCGUCAGCUACGGCAACGGAUCUGGCGGCGGCCGUAUGGGCAUGGGUGGGGGAGGAAUGGGUGGUGGGGGAGGAAUGGGCGGUGGUGGAGGAAUGGGCGGUGGGGGAGGAAUGGGCAUGGGAGGAGGAAUGGGCAUGGGCAACCAGGGUGGGCCCCAGGGCCCCCAGGGCCAGCACAUGCAGAUGCAGGCCAUGAUGAACCAGCAGGCCGGCAACAAGGUCCUCAUGGUGUACGGCUUCGAUGCCGAACGCAUCAAUUGCGACCGCGUGUUUAACAUCCUCUGCCUCUUCGGCAACGUUGAGAAGGUUAAGUUCCUGAAGAGCAAGCCGGGAGCCGCCAUGGUCGAGAUGGGAGAUCCGUAUGCCGUGGACAGGGCGGUUUCUCACCUCAAUAUGUCUCAGAUCUUCGGAAAGAAAAUCAACCUCUGUGUGUCAAAGCAGCAGUCGAUUGUGCCGGGUCAGGCGUACGAGCUGCCGGACGGCACCAACAGCUACAAGGACUUCACAGGCUCUCGCAACAACCGCUUCGCCAAUGCCGAGAAGGCGGCUAAGAACCGCAUCCAGCAGCCCACCACGGUGCUGCACUUCUUUAACGCGCCCAUGGACAUCACGGCUGAGAUAUUCAUGCAGCUGUGUGAUGAAAUGUCGAUUGCGAGGCCCCUUUCUUUCAAAGCGUUUUCUGGAAAAAGCGAUAAAAGCAUGUCUGGGCUGAUGGAGUGGGAGAACAAGAACGAUGCCAUGGAGGCUCUGGCAUGCAUUAACCAUCAUUCCCUGAAGAACGCAAAUGGACCAUACCCCUACACCCUCAAACUGUGCUUCUCCACUGCCCAGCAUUCAUAGAAGACAACUCAACAUGUUCAUGCUGUAUUGAACAUUGGUGUCAACAUUAUUGUCACUUUGUAUAAUUUGUGAAUGUCCAUCACUCUUGUUGAAAGUUAACCGUGAUAGGUUGAAAGUGCAACUUGAUGCAUUUACAUUUUAGUUGUCAUUUUUUGAGGAUGAAUGCAGAUUUUUAUACUGACUGCACCGAAAGGUUUAAAAGGUUGCAGUAAAACAUGCAUUUGCUGUCUGGAUAUGAAGAAAGUUGAAAUGAAAUAAAAAUAAUUAAAAGUUUUUUUAUGAUU